AUGGCCAAGGGAGCGGUGAUGCUUCUUGUGCUCUUCAUGGCGCUGGCAGCGUCCAGCGAGGCGGCUCAGAUGCGGCACGGGUCCAGGGCCUUGGCCCGUGGGCAUCGCCGGGCAGCCGAUCCGGACGCCCCCACGCACCUCCACUUCUACUUCCACGACACGGUGAGCGGCGCGUCGCCGUCGGCGGUGCGGCUGGCGGGGCCGGCAGACCCGUCGUCGCGGACAUUUUUCGGCAUGGUGAACGUGAUGGACGACCCGCUGACGGAGGGGCCGGAGCCCGGGUCGACGGCCGUGGGACGCGCCCAGGGCCUGUACAUGGCGGCGGACCAGGCCCAGCUGGGCUUCCUCCAGGCCAUGAACCUGGUGCUCACCUCGGGGCCCUACAACGGGAGCUCGCUCGCCGUGCUCGGCCGCAACUGCCCGCUCGCCGACGUCCGCGAGAUGCCCGUCAUCGGCGGCACCGGCGCCUUCCGCUUCGCCCGCGGGUACGCGCAGGCCCGGACCCACUGGCUCGACUUGAAGACCGGCGACGCCACCGUCGAGUACCACGUCUACGUCAUGCAUUAGCAUGCAAUUGAUGACGAAGUUCCAUUCAGUUAGAGGAAAUCACAGAGUGCUUCCUUUUGAUUUUCCUGUUUACUUCAGCCUGCGUGUGCUCCGUUGAUUUGGGCGUUUUCAUUUCUAAAUAUCGGUUCUUUUGCUUGGGUUA